AUGAAAUUUCAUCAUCGCCGCCUUCUCAAGGUGGAGCCAAGCGGCCUGCCCCCGCCACCGCUGAACAAGGCCGAGAGUAAAGGUUCGUACCUAAGUGAGUCAGAUUUCGACACCGACAUGAUAGUAAUUCUGGCAGCCUUGUUGUGUGCACUUGUAGUUGUGCUUGGAUUAAAAUUACUUGUCCGACGAACUCUACGCCGUCGGUCAGAAGAACAAGUUGAAGCACCACUUGCCCCCACCGCCACUGGCCUCAUGAAGCAGGUAUUGCAGCAGCUUCCGGUGGCGGUGUAUGGUCCGGGAGCCAACAUUUCGGGUACAGAAUGCCCUAUUUGUUUAGGAGAGUUUGUGGAUGGGGAGAAGAUUAGGGUGCUGCCCAAAUGUAAUCACGGAUUUCACGUUAGGUGCAUAGACGCAUGGCUUGUUUCACAUCCAUCUUGCCCUAACUGUCGACAUUCAUUGCUCGAGCUGCCUUCAAUUCACGUGAAUACAACAACAAACUAA